CCACUUGCAGAAGAUCUUUCUCCUUUGCCUGAAGCUGACAACGGUGGAGUUACUGUGACAGAAAGUUCGACUCCCAUUGCUGAAUCAGCUUCUUCCAAGAUUAACAUUGCGUUGCAACCAAAAGUUUCAGAAAAUUCAGAAGAUGCUACCUCUAGGGAUUGUUCAAUUCAGUAUCAAACAUCUGUUUCUCCUCUUCGAGAAAGCUCGACUCCCAUUGCCGAAACAGCUUCAUCCAAGACGAAUAGUGCGUUGCAACCAGAAGAUGCUACAACUAGGGCUUGUUCAGUUCAGUAUGAAACAUCUAUUUCUCUUUUAGGUGAAGAUAUGUCUCCUCCUCUGCCUGAAGCAGACAAAGACGGUGGCGUUAUUGUUACAGAGAGUUCAACUCCCAUUGCAGAGGCAGCUUUUUCCAAGACUAACAAUGGAUCUCAAACAGAAGAUAUACAAAAACCAGAUGAUGAAUCUACAAAGCCUGUUACUCUCAGGAACAACAUUGGUGAAUGUUCUACUCAUGAUCUUCCCAGUAACGAUGAGACUGCAUCAGAUUCAGCGGUGGAGAAUGGUAACGACGGUAAAGAUGCAAAGGAGGAUCAGCUCAAGGAAGCAACAACCAUUCUUCAGAAAAGAGUGUUCAAAGCAUUCUCGGCAGCAACCCGAUGGUAUGUUGUUGUUAUCUACAAUGCCACCAAUCAAAUGAGUUGAUAUUUGGUCGAAUGCUUUGAACAUUUUUAAUGAUUGUGUGGUGAGUUUCUUUCACUUUUUGGUUGAAUGCUUUGAACACUCUUGUUCUCUCUAAUCACUAUUCACUCUUUUUAUU